GAAAAAGAAAAAAGUUUGACAAAAGCAGCUAAAUUUAAAGUCGGCGAUGUAAUGAGUGGGUGAAGAAGGAACAACCCCAAAGUUUAGCUGACAAUUUCUUCGUUUCUCUCAACUCUGAUUUUCUCACACUCCACACGCCACCCUUCCGAAUCUCUCUUUAACAACCGCCGCAGCUCCUCCAGUUAAUGUCGAUUUGAUGGAUACCAAUAAUUGGAGACCUAAUCAAGGCGCUGAACCUAUUAUGGAUAAUAAUGAUUGGAGAAGUCAACUGUAGCCUGAGUCCCGCCAAAGAAUUGUUAAUAAAAUAAUGGACACAUUAAAAAGGCACCUUCCUGUUUCUGGUCAAGAGGGUUUGCAUGAACUUCGGAAGAUUGCUCAAAGAUUUGAGGAGAAGAUUUUUACUGCUGCAACAAGCCAGCCUGACUAUCUGAGGAAAAUCUCUUUGAAGAUGCUUACUAUGGAGACUAAAAACCCAGGCAAUAUGGCUGGUAAUUUACCAUCAAAUCAAGGUGGGACUAGCAACAAACCUCCUGAUCCAGGACUCGUUAUGCAGCCUCAAGUUCACAAUGCAGGGCAGCAACAUCCUAUGCCAUUGCCUAACCAACCCCAGCCACGCCAGCAGCUUCUAUCUCAGAACAUU